AGUGGCGAGUUUCGUUUGACGCCACGCCUCUGCGUGAAGAAUGUCAGAGUCAGAUUGAAGCAAGUUGAAGGACUACGCCUUGUGCUCUUGGCAUAAUUUAGCACGAAUACAAGUAGAAAUGGCUUAUCAUAACCAGUACCGACCUCCGCACUAUAACAGCCCGCCGGACCAAGCGUUUCUGUGGAAUAUAUUUCAAAGAGUGGACAAAGACAGGAGUGGAGCAAUAUCAGACACAGAGCUUCAGCAAGCUUUAUCAAAUGGCACAUGGACACCAUUCAAUCCUGUGACUGUCAGAUCAAUUAUAUCUAUGUUUGACAGAGAGAACAAAGGUGGGGUGAACUUCAAUGAAUUUGCCGGUGUAUGGAAGUAUAUCACCGACUGGCAGAACAUCUUCCGCACCUAUGACCGUGACAACUCAGGGUUCAUUGACAAGAAUGAGCUAAAACAGGCUCUUACUGGCUUUGGGUAUCGUCUCUCAGAUCAGUUCUAUAACACGCUGAUAGAGAAGUUUGACCGGCAGAGGAAAGGUCAGGUGGCCUUUGAUGACUUCAUACAGUGCUGUAUCGUACUACAGAGGUUAACGGACGUGUUCAGGCGAUACGACACAGAUCAGGACGGCUGGAUCCAAGUCUCCUAUGAGCAGUAUCUCUCUAUGGUCUUCAACAUCGUAUAGCACAGCAUUGUAAACCGCACACACUAGUGCCAAACACCAAAUCUCUUCCCCCAUAUAGUCUUCCAUCAGAGACACCACACACUCCCCUCUGAAGGAGAUUUAGGGGACAGAGUAUUAAGACUUCAGCUUACAGAUUUAUGUCUUUGUCUGUCUGUCUGUGGUCAUGUUUCUUUAUGAUGUUAAGUGUAAUCAUU